AUGAAGAUAGGUUGCCUGCAGUUCGCGCCAAAGGUCGGCGAUAUCGACAAUAACCUCAAUCGAGCCGAUGCCAUCCUCAACAGGUCGGAUCUAGGGGAUCUGGAUUUGCUAGUCCUCCCCGAGCUGGCAUUCUCUGGGUACAACUUCAAGUCGCUGCACGAUAUCGCUCCGUUCCUCGAACCCACCGGCGCCGGUAUCACAUCUGUCUGGGCCCGUACGACCGCUCUCAAGCACAACUGCAAAGUGGUGGUAGGAUAUCCAGAGACAGCUGAUGUUUCGUUCAAGUGGCCUACGUCGCCGGAGUACUACAAUUCCGCCAUCAUCGUGAAUGAGGAGGGCGACACAUGGGGUCACUACAGGAAAUCACAUCUGUACUAUACAGACGAAACAUGGGCCCUGGAAGGGUCCGGUUUCUUCAAAGGCCACGUUCCUGGGCUGGGGAAGAUCUCUAUGGGAAUAUGCAUGGAUAUUAACCCGUAUAAGUUUGAAGCCCCAUGGAGUGCGUAUGAGUUCGCUUUUCAUGCAUUAGAUGUGUCUGCGAAUGUCGUAGUGGUGUCUAUGGCCUGGCUUACUCGCGAAGAUGCCUCCUCGUUCAGUUGCAAGCCCAAGGAGCCCGACAUGGAUACCCUCACAUACUGGAUCUCACGGAUGGAGCCUUUGAUCAGAUCGGAAAAUCAAGAGGAAAUCAUUAUCAUAUUUGCGAAUCGUACUGGAAUCGAAGACGAUGCUGUCUAUGCAGGAACCAGCGCCGUUGUUGGUAUACAGAAUGGGGAAGUCACUGUAUACGGUCUUCUUGGCCGCGGCGAGAAAGAGCUCCUGGUCGUCGAUACGUCGAAGCCUGGAUUUGCCAAGUUGGUCUACCGCCCAGGGGAGGAAGAAGAACUGAUAUCUGCUGUGUUGCCUGGCAGUGAGCCCCGGACCCCUCCAGGCGAUGAACAUCGGGAUGCCGAAUCUUCGAACGGGUCGGACUUGUCAUCCGGAUCCUUCUCAAACAACCAAGGUGCACCUGAUGGUCGGGCUAUGGAUCCGAAGAUAUCAGAUGCCGCCAGAGACAAUUCCAGCAUAGCAGUUGGAAAUCAUGUUCUCGUCAACUCAGCAGUAUAUGACGAGUCCCCGGUCUCACCACGAUACUUCUGGGGCCAGCCUGCUUCAGGAGUGCCAGUGACAGCUCAACUUCCCAACGUGGGAGUUCAUGACAAUUAUGAGGAUUGGCGCAACUCCCUGCGAGCAGAUCAGGCUAGGGAUGGGGAUCUUGUCCCACAAGAUAGCCCCGGUCCGCGACAUGCCGACCUAGAUUCGGGCACUGAGUUCUCCUCAUUGGUGGAUGUGUUACGUGACAAAACCAUCAGCACGGAGGCAUACAUUGACCGGCCGGGUUCAACCAAGUCUCGUAAUGAGGGCCGCUUCACAUCGCAGAAUGCAAGCAGCAACGCUCGAGGUGAGCAGCUAGUGGACCGACCGCGGCGGAUGACUUCGAACCUUCAUCAGCACGUGCAGCUGCCCUCCAACGAGGUCCGCCACAACCAGGGCAAAUUGCCAGAUCAUGGGUCUCGAAACGCCAUCGAGAAGCCUGAACGAGAUGCACCGCAAUUUUCAUCGCAUGCGAGUUCCGAAAUGCAGCAAUGUCCCGUGUCUCCAGACCUAGAGAGGCUCGGCGCGGACCUCAUGGUGUUCGAAGGCGAGAAGGCCAACCGCUCGAAACGUGACAGUCUAGUAUGUCAUGUGGACGAAGAUGACUACGUCACCCAACGCAGAGAUUUCAUCCCAAAGAAAAAGGCCGUCAACUCGGACGAGCGUCCAACUCGCUCGAGCUCGCGAAACACCCCGACGCAUAUCGACUCCUUGCGACAUGGCAGCGAAAGAACUCGUACAAACAGCACCGCCGCGUUUGCUUCGCUGGGGGACGAACUGUCGCCUGAGCGUCCCAUGAGCCGUGAUCGUCAUCGCAGUGAUAACGCAUCGACGCCAAAACUAUUGUCAAGAAAAGCUUCGCGCAACAAAGUCGCCUCUCCGCUCGCAUCGGGAAGUGACCACCAUCAUACUCGUCAAUCACCGACAGAGGUACGAGAUGUCCAUCGGCACGAGAGACAUGGUCUCUCGAGUAUGGCAUCACCUCCAUCUCGUCGGCACCGGCAGGAGGUCCCGACCUUUCCCGGCGAGCACUCUAGACACAAGAGCCCAGACCCGAUCGUCGAGCACCAAGUUACGGUGCCUAUUCGAACCAGGAAGACAUACGAAAGGGACUCUUACAAGACACUUGCCAAAGGGUCAUCAUCCUCGGCGAAUACUCCUGUCAAGUCUCCUCCUCGAGCUGUGCAGCCGAGCCCCGGUGUAUAUGCUUCUUCCAUUGUAGCGGUUGACACGCCGGGAACGGGACUGACCAUCCCAGACCGCACCCCAGAGAGGAUGCCACCGACGCCCAAGGCCAUGGUACUACCACCGGAUUAUGACAGUGGCAAUGGCCAUCAAAGCGUCCCUCCUCCGCCCAAGUACCAAGCACCAGUGGUGCCACUCAAGUGCUUGAACCAAAGAGGUGGCAUACAAGCAGAUAGGCCAAGAAGUGCGGUCUGGUAA